CGUAAGAAGAAAACUAGAACGGUGUUUUCGAGAAAUCAAGUUUUUCAACUGGAAUCAACUUUUGACAGGAAACGUUAUCUAUCAAGCACUGAACGUUCGAACCUUGCGUCGUCACUGCGGUUGACUGAAACUCAAGUAAAAAUUUGGUUUCAAAAUCGACGAAAUAAAUGGAAACGACAGUUGGCAGCUGACAUGGAA